GCCAGCUCCACCGCAAGCCGCCGCCGCAAUACAACCCCACUUGCCUCAAAUGAACUUCCUCCGCUGCGUCGUCGUCGCUGUGCUCGCGCUCACUGCCGUGUCGGUCUCCGCCUCGGAAGAAACCGGCGUCCGGGCCCGCCACAUGCUCGCAAUGGGCGGCGACGAAUCCAUCCUGCUCGCGCGCGGCUCGCUACGCAGAGCCGAGCAGGCCGCCUAAACUCAACCAACUCCAGACGUCCAAGCCCCCAUCCAUCCAUUAAUAAGCUCCGAACACCGAGGCUGUAAAUUAUUAAUCUAUCGCUAGCCUUCCAGCAUCCC